AUGGGAGAUUCAUUAGAUUUUUUAACAAAAUAUCAUAAUAUAUCUAAUAAACUAAAGAAACGAUUUUUAAGAAAACCAAAUGUUGCUGAAGCAAGUGAUCAGUUUGGGGCAUUGGCAAUUGAAUGUGAACAAAAAGAAUUAUGGCAAUAUGCAGGUUUAUGUUUAUUAGCUGCAGCCAGAUGUCAAGGAACUUUAGAAAAUAUCUUUUCUGAAUUAAAUUUGUUAAUAAGAGCUGGUCGAGAAUUUCUUGUAGCUGAUAAAAAAGUUAAAGAUAUAGGAUGUCCUCCUAUAGGGCAAGAAAAUACUCAGGCUGCAAUAAGUUGUUUUGGUCAUGCCUUAACACGUUGCCAUAAUCAAUCCGGAUUUGGUACCAUGUCAGCUGGUUUAGCAUUAGAAUUAGCCUUAGCUUUAGGCCCUACUCCAGCUGGCACACAACAAUUACGUAAAGCCAUUGAUAUUUUUCCAACUACGAAAGCUAUUAAUACCUUAGUAUCUUAUCAUAUUAUGCAAGGUGAUUAUGUAUCUGCUUUACAAAUUCUGAAUGAUUUUGUCGAAUUUGUUGAGAGUUAUAUUAAUGCUGGUGCAAGGGGUAAUUACAGUGUUAUAUUAUACAGGUGUGAAGUAACUAGAGUGCUCUUAUUACUUAUACUUCAACCAUCACCACAAAGACUAGCACCUUCUCUAGCACAAGUUUUGGAAAAGUAUGCAUGGGUAGAAGAAAGUACAGAUAAUGAUUUUAUUAUGAGUGAAGAUGAAUUACUCCUAUUACAAUCUUUAGUACUAGCAUGUCAGUCACAUGAUUAUCAAGCAUUGUUGGAACUAGAAGGUGAAUUAUGGUCUUACUUAAAUGCUGAACAAAAAGAAUUAUUGCAUAAGCUAAUUCAAGUUUUAACAAUACAAUGA